AUGGGAACUAUAAGUGCAGCAACACAGAGGUCUGAAGAAGAGAAAAAGCUAAAGAAGCAAUUGGAAAAAUGGAUAACUAUAGAGGAAAGUAUAUAUAAGCAGAAAUCUAGGAAUCAAUGGUUGAAGCUAGCGGACCACAAUACAGCUUUCUUUUUUGCUAGCAUGAAGAAUAGAGUAAAUCAAAAUAAGAUUAGAAGUCUCCAAAAUACAGCUGGUGAAAUUAUUCAGUCUAGAGAAGCAAUAGAAAUGGAAAUAGUGGGAUUCUACAAAGGGUUAUUGAGAGCAGCAGCUCAUAGCAUACUAGCCAUUCAACCAAGCAUCAUGAAGGAGGGCAAUGUACUAGACAGAAAGCAACAGUUAAAACUAAUUGAAUAUGUUACUAUGGAAGAGAUACAACUUGCUUUGAAGGGAAUAGAUGAACUAAAGGCCCCAAGAUGUGAUGGUUUCAACUCAAAGUUCUUUAAGAAGACAUGGGGGAUUACAUGGCAAGAAGUAUCUGAGGCGGUGCUCCAAUUCUUCAAACAAAGCUGA